CUCUAUCAAGCGACAUAUAGAAUUGAGACAAGUGCCACAAGUCCUAAGAGACCAAGAUGAAAUAUGCCGUUCAAAUGUUGACAUGGCCUGAUCAUCCCGAGCCACAGCUUGACCUAAUAAUUGCACUACUGAUUCCGAACCCCGCCUUUAUCUUCGGCCCCCGAGGUCUCGGAAAGUCUCGUGCCUCCAUCCAAAGUCCCCGUUCCUUUAAGAAGAGACUUUGGAAGCCCAUCUAGCCAUCACGGCCUGAAGUGCAAAUGAGCAAAAGCAAUCAGAUCGGCCCAGCACCUUGAAACACUAGGAAAAUGGCCGAACACUCCUGGCCUGUCCGAAGAGUACUUCUUCACCCCCCUCCACUUGAAGAGGUGGCUGCCGCAGUACGAAACGGGCUUGCAUCGAACUUCGGCACGUCAAGUGCUUCGGUGUCCCACCCGCCCGACCUGCGCCAUCCGCCGUUCCACCUUGCUGGUCGUGGCCUCUCCGGCAACCCACGCGUCGCGGACAUAGGCGGGCAGAGGAACCUCUUCCCCGAGAUCGAUCUGGACAAGCGAUACGAUUUGCUCAGGCUUUCUGGGCAGAUGGAGAUGGCGGGUGGUGUCUUGAUUGGAGCAGGUGCCGGGCCAUUCUUCGACCUGGGACGCAACAUAGAGCUGGCACCAAACAUUGCGUUCGGUUCCGCCGCAGAUGGGGAGCUGAGAAACUGUACCCGCUAUGCCAAGGUGCUGGACGACGGCGGCGCUCUAUGUGAGAAGAUCGUCACCUCUACAGGUUGUGCGCUGAUGUGUAACCUUUUUGGCUGCGACGGAGAGGCGGGCCCGCUGUUGCACAUCAAGGGGAAAGGCAGGACGGGGAAGCUGAACUUCACCGAGGCUAUCCAGAAGGGCCUCGCGGAUGUCUACGGCGACCGGCUGAUCAGUGUGGGUGGCGUUUUUGUGGUUCGGUCGGGCAGGUUGAAGAUGCAUGUGAUGCCCGACUUUCCUGAGAAGGCAUUCACGAGCCGUCAAGACGUCGACCGGUGGCUCCACUGGUACGACAUGGACACGCCGAUGGUCUGUUUGUCCGUGCUCCAUUCCGGUCAUGACAAGGACCUCGGACUCAGGAAAGAACAUACCCACUGCUUUGGGGCUGACGGUGCUGAGGACAACAGGAGAGGCGGACACUACCAUUUUGACUUGGAUGAAACGAUGGAAUCAGUCGAGUACGAAGGGUGGUUCAAUGUUGCCGAAAUCCUGUACAAGAUCGACUAGCUGGUCCUCAUCUCAGUAUUGAUG